AUGCGAGGGCUGUGCCAAUACCUCAAGAGAUCAGUGGGCCUCAGCGGGAGACAAGCGGCAGGACAGCAGUUCGUCGCGGAUGAGAACGGCGUGUUGCUCCGGAACAGGGACGACAUCCUCCAGCGGUGGGCGAGAUUCUUCAGCACCCUACUCAACACCAAAUCCCCCACCCUGAACCCAGACAUCAUCGAACGAGUGACGCAGCGGCCAGCGACACGUGACACUCAACGGUUGGGAGAUGUGCCAGAACUCGAGGAGGUGGCACGGGCAACGAAAGACCUCAAGAACUGGAAGGCACCCGGCCAUGACUCCCUCCCUGCCGAGUUGCUCAAGAUCGAUGACGACGAGCCCUUCGUCCUGGGACACCUCCAUACCAUCAAGGUGUGGAACGGAGGAGAUAUUCUGCGAGAGUGGAAGGAUGCAACCAUCAAGGUCCUGUACAAGGGUGACCGGUCCAACUGUAACAACUAUGGGGGGAUUUCGCUACUAUCUCACGUAGGCAAGGUCCCCAUCAUGAUCAUCACCAACCGUCUAAGCGCCUUCUGCGAAGCCAACAACAUCCUCCCGGAGGAACAGUGCGGAUUUCGACCCGGGCGAUCCACCGUCGACAUGCUGUUCGUCGUGCGCCGCCUCCAGGAGCUGGGGCGGAGAAAGAAAAUACCGCUCUACAUGUGCUUCGUCGACUUGAACAAGGCGUAUGAUUCGGUGGACCGAGAGAUGCUAUGGAAGGUGCUGGCCAGGGCCGGGAUUUCCGCGAAGCUGAUCGAAGUCAUCCGCCAAUUCCACGAUGGAAUGCGAGCCAGGGUGCGCAUGGACGACGGAGAACUAUCGGACUGGUUCUUCGUGACACAGGGCGAGCGACAAGGAUGUGUGCUAUCCCCACUGCUGUUCAACAUCUUCUUCGCCGAGGUCCUCGAGGUCGUUGUCAUCCGAUUCAGCGAGGAUGAUGUUGUUCUGCGGAGCCUGGUGUGCUUGGAGGAGGGGAAGACGGAAGCGGGGGGGGGGGAGGAGACACCCCUUGACCGAGUACGGAGGGCAGUAUGGGGGAUGCUGUAUGCCGAUGAUGCCGGCGUCGUAUCGAGGUCUGCAGAAGGACUGGCGAGAAUGAUGACCAUCAUCGUUGUGGUGUCCGGGGAGUUCGAGCUAAGGGUGUCGGAGAAGAAGACGGAGACGCUCCUGAUGCCCGCAAAGGACAUUUCGACUACAACAUCACAGCCCGCCCCGCCUCCACCACUGACCAUCGAAGCCGCGGGACAGAAAUACGCCCAGACGACCGAGUUCCGGUACCUCGGUGGCCUCGUCAACGAACAAGGCCACCUCACCCGGGAGAUCAACUACAGGAGCAGAGGAGCGUGGGCGUGCCUCAGGAGAUAUGGCCGGGAGAUCUUGGACAGACCGCAAACGCCAUUCUGACUCAAGAUCCGCCUGCUCCAGGCGGAGGCGAGGGAGGCACUGCUGUACCGCUGUAUGACAUGGUCACCACU